AUGGCAGUUGCCAGGGCCUGGAAGCAAAUGUCCUGGUCCUAUUACUGGUACCUGCUCAUCAUGGUGCUCUACAUACUGGAGCCCUGGGAGCGGAGUGUAUUCAAUUCCAUGCUGGUUUCCAUUGUGGGGAUGGCGCUAUAAACAGGAUACAUCUUCAUGCCCCAGUACAUCAUGAUGAUAUUGUACUACUUUGAAAUUGUACAAUGA